AUGUCAAGCAAAUACGGGUUCAUCAACAGCUGCCUCCAGUCCCUGGUGAUGGAGAGAUUUGGCCAAGACACUUGGGAAAAACUGAGCUCUCUACCCGGGGUCCAGGACACCUUCAUGACGUACACGGUUUAUGAUGAUAUACUGACGCUGAGCCUGGUGGGGGAGGCCUGUUCACUGCUGGAUGUUUCUGCCGAUGUGUUUCUGAAGCUUUUUGGGGAACACUUCUUUGUUUUCUGUAAGAAAGCGGGAUACGACACCAUGCUCAGGACACUGGGAGGAAAUCUGAUUGAUUUCAUCGAAAAUCUGGAUUCUCUCCAUAGCUACCUGGCUCUGUCUUAUCAGGAGAUGAAUGCCCCAUCUUUCCGAGUUGAGAUGACGGUUGAUGGGAAUAUGCUGCUUCACUAUUACUCCGACAGGAAGGGCCUGCACCAUAUUGUUCCCGGCAUCAUGGAGGCGGUUGCCAGAGAUCUCUUUGACAGCAAAGUGACCCUGGAGGUUCUGAACCAAUCAGUGGAAGACGAGCGGACAGGAAAGAAGGAGCAUGUUGUGUUUCUGGUCAAACAGACCAACCAAGCCUGCAAGAGCACAGUCCAGGUCCUCUCCAGUCAGAGACAGGAGGAAUGUUUCGAAAGAAUGAGGGGCAGAUAUGUGUCACUGGCUGGGGAGAAGAGUGGCUGGGACCUGAUCAGAGCAUUGUCUCUCUCAGAAAAAGGCAGCCACCAGAGCACCUUCAAUCCAUGUUACCCAGACAAACUGUGGAUGGAGGAGAAAUCUUUCUGCAAUGCUUUUCCCUUUCAUAUCGUCUUUGACAAAGAUCUAAUGAUAAGGCAGACUGGGGUGAACAUACAGAAGUUUGUUCCAGGUCUACAGGCCAGAGGUGCUACACUGGACCAAUAUUUCAUCAUUAUACACCCGCAGGUUACCCUUACCAUUGAGAGCAUCAGGAAGUUCAUCAACAGUCAGUUUGUCUUGAAGAGCUUCAAGGACAAAAACUCCACCCUCAACCUAAGAGGUCAGAUGUUGUGGAUGGAUUCUCUCGGCUGUAUGCUGUACCUGUGUUCUCCAAAGCUAAGGAGCCUGCAGGAACUUCAGGAUGUUGGCCUGCACCUGGCUGACCUGGCCCAGCACGACGUCACCAGAGACCUGGUUCUUCUCAACCAGCAACGUCUAGCUGAGAUGGAGCUGACCAACCAACUGGAGAGGAAAAAAGAGGAACUGAGAAUCCUGUCUCGGCACCUUGAGGCUGAAAAAGAGAAGACAGAGACUCUGUUGUAUGCCAUGCUUCCACGUCAUGUAGCCAAUCAGCUCAAAGAUGGCAAGAGCGUGGAGGCAGGGGAGUUUGAGGUGUGCACUAUUUUAUUCAGUGAUGUGGUAACCUUCACAAACAUCUGUGCUGCCUGUGAGCCCAUCCAUAUUGUUCACAUGCUCAACUCCAUGUACUCCAAGUUCGACCGACUCACCAAUAUACACGACGUCUACAAGGUUGAAACUAUCGGUGAUGCCUACAUGGUGGUGGGUGGCGUUCCAGUCCCUACAGACACCCAUGCUCGCAGAGUGGCAAACUUUGCUUUGGGGAUGAGGAUAGCAGCCAGAGAGGUCACCAACCCUGUAACAGGCAAACCCAUUCAGAUCCGUGUGGGCCUCCACACCGGCCCAGUGUUAGCUGGGGUAGUGGGGGAGAAGAUGCCUCGCUACUGCCUGUUUGGAGACACUGUUAACACUGCCUCCAGGAUGGAGAGUCAUGGACUACCUGACCACAUUCACCUCAGCACUUCCACAUACAGUGAGCUGAGAGAUACCGGGUUCAACAUACAACAGCGUGGGCAGAUUGAGGUGAAGGGUAAAGGCCGGAUGACCACCUACUUCCUGCUGGGCAACCUGUUGGCUUCAGAAGACGACAUCAUGGGAAGAGAGGCUGGGAACAUGUGUCUCUACAAGGACGACCUUCACGGCCAGAACGAAAAAGACCCUGACAAAGAGCCUGAUGCGAGACCUGACAGGCCCACAGAUGCUCCACACGCUGUCACCCCCUUCGCCUGGGACAUCAGCCCCCCGUAUGCGACCAACGAGAGCAGCAUCCAUACACCUGAAAACAAUUUCAACAGCCGACUGUGUGUUUUAUUCUGA